AGGAGGAGGACCCCCUCCGCCUCCUACUUCUGUUGGUGUUUAUGGAAAACAUGCCCAGCAUGGAUAGUGCUUCGACCCACAGCUGCAGCUUCCUGCGGUGCGCCAGCGUCCUGGUUUACAAUUCGCACGUCCGAAAAGACACUGGCCUGCCUGCGGGUGCCCGACGAAAGUUUCUUAUCCCCCGGGGUCACUGGGGGCCCACAGAAGCUCUGGCGCACCUCAGGACCCUCCAAGGUCGGCGAAGAGGCCCCCCAGCAUUCACCACCAGCAAGAUCUCUUCUCGUAUGUGCCUCCUGUUCCGGUGCCCCCGUUUCUGGGGCCCUGAGGUCGGCAGGCCGCUGCCGACAGUGGCCCCGAGGGGCCUCUCGCGCAGCGUCGCACGAGCCGCGCAGGGCAGGGCCCCCAUGCGGUGCCCGGGCUGGCCGAAUUGCGGCUGCGACGGCCAGGGCCAUUUGGUGGGCCCCCUCGGCAAGUUCAUGGAGAACUCGCCGAUCAAGGUUGGAGCCGUCUGGGGGACGGAGGAGGCCCAGCAUUCGUUCCGGCCAGCGAGGAGGCGGGCAGGUUCGAGGUUCUGGUUUCGGGAAGAUCCAGGACCGUCGAAAACGGAUCCAGGGUGAAACACCGCGCCAAAUGGACUCCGAGAGGGUCGGGGGACUGAUUUUGAGCGGUUUGGGCUUCUCCCCCCUCUCGUGACCGAUUUUCUCUGGCUCCAAGCAGUUCAGACCCCCUGGCCGUCUCCAAGAUCAAGGCGUACAGGAGGUGCCCGAAGUGGGUCGGCCCGUACGUGAAGAAGGGGAUAGAGUCCGACGACCUCUUCAAAAUCUCCGACGCGGCGAAGGACAGCUUUCUGCUGGAGGUGCCCGCCACCUGGCGGUCUCUCACCAAGAUCAGGCUCCGGGAGUACGCGGACGUCCGGGCGACGGCAACGGGCGAGAUGCUGCGGCCGUUCGAGAAGUUCGAGGUCGAGGACGUCAUCCGGCGGGACGGGCAGCACUUCCUGAAGCUGUCUGGGAGGACCGGCUGGGCGUUCGACCGGGGCAUCGCCGGCGCGUGGCUCGGGAGGCCUAUCUGCGAGCGCCUGGACACGCCGCUGUGAGCGGGCCGCUCGCCGUGGGCGCGCCUUUCCCCUCCGACCUCCUGCGCGUUUCCCCCCCCCCCCCCCCCCCCCCCCCACGCGAUGGCUUCUUUUUGUGCGCGCCCUGAGGCUGUAUAGGGUGGCGGAGUGCAGCGCUGUCUCCCCCCUCCCCGAGUUGAAGGGGGGGGCGUCCUGGGGGGCGCGGUGCGUGCUCCUCUGCCGGCUUGGCGUAAGGCUUGCGCGCCAUAUCUGACGGCGUAUGCCUGUACGCUCUGUUCGGGAGGAGAAGGAUCGCCCCAUCCUUGAGCUCACCCGUGUACCCCAUCCGAUUCCAUUCCUUGAUAUAGCCUGCGGUGUGCGAUUUGACGCGACCAUUUUGCUUUUGACUUAUUCCCCCCCCGUCCCCCCAGACUCUGUGAGGCG